AUGUUCGCGAGCAAGUUCGGAGUGUCGACGCGGAGAAGACGCGGUCGCGACGCGACGAGCGCUAGAUUGCGCGCGAGCGUGGAAUCUCUGCGAAAUUACGUGCGCGAUAACGCGCUGUGCCUGACCGUCUCCGACGUCUCUCCCUCCGCGUCGUAUUACGACGCGCAGCGUCUCAAGAUACGAGGAGUGGCCUGGCCGACCAACAACGACGCCGCGACGAACAAGAGUUACGUCGAAAGCGCUAUAUACGCGGUGAGAGCGAACGCGGCGAAUAAUUACCAGCUUAUCGCGAGCGUGAGAACGCGAGUGGAUAACAACGCGGCCUCGUCGGCGAAGAAAAUCGUCGCUCUGAGCAAGAAGAUCGACGCUCUCGAGAGCGCCGCGACCGAAAGAUUGAGCGCUCUGGAAACCGACGUUACGCAGAUUCGCGCGAGGGGGAGCGCUCUCGAGAAUCGGCUGCAAACGCUGGAGAAUCUGCAGGAGCUCGCAGCGACGAGGAUCGAGACCGUCGAGGCGAUGAGAUCGGCCUCGCGCGCGGUCGCCGACAAGCGACUGGGCGAUUUGGAGAGCUCCGUCGAGACGAAUCGGGCGAACGGGGACGCGUCAAACAAACUAUUGCGCGAACUGGGGACCUCCGUCGCGGCUCAAGAAGAUCGACGAGAAAACGGAGAAGCGAGUGCGCGCCUUGGAGAGAUCUCUGUCGCAUGUGAACAACGUAGCGGCGAACAACGAGAGAAAUCGAGCCGCAUUGAGCGGUCACGACAGAACGUUGCAGGAGUUGACGGCGAAGGCGCUGACUUCCAACGCGAAAUUGCGAGAACUGGACGCCGAGGUGACGCGUCUGAGGAAAGACCCGAACGAACUCGCGAGGAGAACGGCCGCGACGACGACGACGGCGACGAAGGCAGCGGCGAAGGCGGCGGCGGCGGCGAAGGCGGCGGCGGCGGCGGUUGCGAUUCCUAA